AUGCUCUCCGUUGCUACCAAGCCUUUCCAACAUGCUGCACUCAAAACAACUGCUUAUCGUUCCCUGGUAGCCGUACGCUCCAAGGCAACACUACCCAAGUUACCCUAUGGUUACGACGAAUUGGAACCUGUCAUUAGCAAAGACAUCAUGGAGACCCAUCAUGCCAAGCAUCAUCAAACCUAUGUCAACAAUUUCAAUGUAGCUGAAGAAAAGUUUGAAGCUGCUGUCAAGGCCAAUGAUUUAGCUCAACAACUGGCACUUCAAAAUGCUCUCAAGUUCAAUGGUGGUGGCCACCUGAAUCACAGCAUCUACUGGGAGAACCUGGCACCCAAGAGUCAAGGAGGUGGAGAACUUCCCAAGGGCGCUUUACUCUCUGCCAUCCAAAAAGAAUUUGGAUCCAUGGAUAAUUUUAUUGAGAAAUUCAACGCUGUUGCCGCCGGCGUUCAAGGUUCUGGGUGGUGUUGGCUCGGCUACAAUAAGGCUGCUCAGCGUGUUGAGAUUGCAACCUCUGGCAACCAAGAUAUUUUGCAAGGACUUGUUCCUUUGUUGGUCAUUGACGUUUGGGAACACGCCUAUUAUUUGCAAUAUAAGAAUGUGCGUGCUGACUAUCUCAAAAAGGUGUGGGAUGUCAUUAACUGGAAGACUGUAGCCGAGCGUUUCGCAAAGGCUCAGCAUUAA